GAUAUUUUUUGGUUUAUUUAGUGGUACCAACUUGAUGUAAUAAAGAAGUUAACCUUAAAUAACCUUUCAACCUUGACGUUUGAUAUAAAAUUGAAAUCAGAAAAAGUGAUAAAAGAAAGAAACAUGACCGCACGUAACAGUUUUAAAAGUGAUACAAGUUAUUUAAGAUUAAAUUAUUUUUUGGUCGAUGCAAUUUUCGAUCAAAACAUAAACGUCCUUGCGUAAAGGAAAGGCUACGGAAAAUUCGUCGCGUCACGUGACCCGUAUCAUUUUCGUUCAUUGGCCGAUUGGCGGCGUGCCCUGCGCAGCUCCACUGCGCCACAGUGAUUACAAAAUGCCGUCAGAGUCUAAACCUUUGUUGACAGCCCAAACGGAAAAACCCAAUCAUUACUCAUACUUGAAGGAAUUUCGGGUGGAGCAAUGCCCGCUCUUCCUACAACACAAAUGUCAACAGCACAGACCGUUUACCUGUUUCCAUUGGCACUUUAUGAAUCAGCGACGUAGGAGACCGGUGCGGCGUCGCGACGGCACGUUUAAUUAUAGCGCCGACAAUUACUGUUCGAAAUAUGAUGAAACCACUGGCAUUUGCCCCGAUGGCGACGAGUGCCCUUUUUUACAUAGAACAGCCGGUGAUACAGAACGCAGAUAUCACUUGAGAUAUUACAAAACGUGUAUGUGCGUUCAUGACACAGAUUCCCGCGGAUUUUGCGUUAAAAAUGGUUUGCACUGUGCGUUCGCUCACGGUAGUCAAGAUCACCGACCGCCGGUUUACGAUAUUAAAGAGAUUCAAGCGUUGGAAGCGGCCGAAGCGGAAGGAAAUUCCGCGAACGGCCCCAACGCUCUAGAUAAAGAACGGAAUUUAAUGAAUGAAGACCCGAAAUGGCAAGACACGAAUUAUGUACUUUCGAAUUACAAGACAGAGCCGUGUAAACGGCCCCCUAGGUUGUGCAGACAGGGAUAUGCCUGUCCCCAAUAUCAUAAUAGCAAAGAUAAACGCCGAAGUCCGCGGAAAUUUAAAUACCGAUCGACGCCAUGUCCAAAUGUGAAGCACGGGGAGGAAUGGGGGGAGCCCGCAAAUUGUGAUGCGGGUGAUUUGUGUUCGUAUUGUCACACAAGAACCGAACAGCAGUUCCAUCCGGAGAUUUACAAGAGUACAAAGUGCAACGAUGUCCAACAAGCUGGUUAUUGUCCCAGGGGCGUUUUUUGUGCGUUUGCUCACGUUGAGCCGUUUAUCGUAGAGGAAAUGGGGGUUUCUAGAGAAGCCGCUGGUUCUUUGGAUACCGGCACUAAUUUUCAAGAGAUCUUAUCCAACGUUUUACCCCCGUCUAUUGACAAAAAGGAAAAAAGUAGCGAUAGUAGUAAUGGAAGUAGCGAAGUAUCUGAAUCAGCAUCAACAUCAUCGUUAGGUUCGAAUAGUUCUCAUAGUAAGGCACCGGGGGCUCAGCUAACUCAUAAGCCGAUCCCAUAUCAUAGGCCAAACACAUUAAACACUUACGAAUUAGCCAAACAAUUGUUAGCAAUCGAACGUGAUCCAAAUUUAGAUGUAAUAGAGAGAGAACAAAGGAAACAAAAUCUGUGUUUAGCGUAUACAGGAAUUGGGCCGCCAUCCUCGUUCUUCACCGGAAAUGAUACCGUAGAGAGUGUAGUUGGAAACGCAUUAGAUGAGUUACACAUCGAAGAUCCGCUUAAUUUAGCGUCUUUGGAUCGGGAUUUAGAGCGUGAUUCGCCCACGGUGACAAAUUCGAUUUCGGUUGGGUUGGCAACGUCUGGUUUAUUGGGUAGUUCGGCUCCUGUGAAUAUUCCGGGUGCUCAAAGAAGUGGAGGAGGAGCUCCGUUAGCUUUUAGUCCGACGAGUAAUAGCCCGUUGCAGCAAUUGAAUAGUAGCUUUUUAUCGGCGACUCGUUUUUCGCAACCGGAGCAUAUGGAUCCGUUCAUGAAUCAUUCUCAAAUUCAGUUGAGCAGUUCUGCGUCGAAAAUUAAUAGUUUUUCGAAUUUUUUCGAUUUCCCAUCGCAUCAAAGCUUAUCAUCGCCGACUAAUCGGAACCAUAACAAUUUUAAUAUGUCACCUGGAUUAGGAAACAAUUUGGAAAUAGUACGGUUACGCGAAGAACUGAAUAAUUCUCGAUUACAAAUUUCAAAUUGGGAGGAACGUUUAUCGCAAGCCCGAACGGCUUGCGAGGCUUGGCAAAGAGAAACUGAGGAGGCAAAUCGUAAAGUACAAAUGACCGAGGGGAAAUUAAGCGAUGUACAAACGCAGUGUAGUAAUUUAAAGCAGGAAUUGGAGAAACAACAGGGCGGACCGCAUUUGCAUAGUAUUAAAAAAGUUUCUGAACUUAGUAAGUUGCCGUUGAGCGUAUUAAAAAAUAUCCAAGCUCAAUUAAGACAAGAUUUAGAAGAGGUUGAUAAAGUGCUCUAUCGGGAGACCGCAUCGAAGUGUAUGGUCUGCGAGGAACGUAAUCGAACUGUCACGCUCAAUUGUAAUCAUUUCGUGUUAUGCAACUUGUGCGCGCACACGCAGAGCGAGUGCCCAUAUUGUCAAACACCGAUCAACCUCGCGAAUAAUAUCUAAAGAAUAAAGUUAUAUAGGUUAUGUAA